GCUCUGCGCCACUUCCUCGAGGUUGCGUCACCAAGCGGGAGCUGUGCGCGCGGGUCGGAAGUCGCUUUCCGAGAGGAAAAAAAAAAGAAAUAAAACAAUAAAGCAACACCAAAUAAACACUGUCAAAACUUUGCGAAUAUGGACCAUUACACUAAAUAUUGAACUGCGGAUUGAUAAAGCAGCGCUAGGACUGAUAAAUAAGCGCACAUAAGGCGGACUGAGGGGCGUUGGGGAAGAGUUAGCCGCUGCUGCUAACGCACGAUGCUAACUCACUGAUUUAUGACUGAUUUCAGCGAUAUUUCAACUAAAAACUGCGCAUUCCGGGGGAUUUGAAAGACAAGAGUGUGCGUGGUGUCAGUAGAAAGUGUGUUGGUGAGGUACAGGAGGGGAUUUGUCUUCUCGGCGGCCGUUUGUGUUGAGGCCUGCUGUAUGAGGAGUUAGAUAAACGCGUCAGCCGGGUACACUCACACGUGUAGAGGUAAACAGGUAAAGAUGUCGGCCCAGGCGCAGAUGAGAGCCAUGCUGGACCAGCUCAUGGGCACUAGCAGAGACGGAGACACGAUGAGACAGCGGAUCAAGUUCACGGACGAGCGGGUGUGUAAGAGUCAUCUGCUGGAGUCGUGUCCACAUGACAUACUGUCUGGAACCCGCAUGGAUCUGGGGGAGUGUGUGAAGAUUCACGAUCUCGCUUUGAGAGCAGAUUACGAGAUCGCAUCUAAACAGCAGGAGUUUUUCUUUGAGCUGGAUGCCGCGGAGCACCUGCAGUCCUUCAUCGCAGACUGUGACCGAAGAACCGAACUGGCCAAGAAACGACUGGCCGAAACGCAGGAAGAGAUCAGCGCUGAAGUGGCUGCUAAGGCGGAGCGUGUGCACGAGCUGAACGAGGAGAUCGGGAAGCUGCUGGCGCGUGCGGAGCAACUGGGCGGCGAGGGGAACGUGGAGGAGGCUCAGCAGGUCCUGGAGAAGAUGGAGAAAACACGCACCCUGAAGAAAGAGGCAGAGGACAUAUACCGCAACUCCAUGCCGGCUUCCAGCUUCCAGCAGCAGAAGCUGCGGGUGUGUGAGGUUUGCUCUGCUUACCUCGGUCUCCACGACAACGACCGCCGCCUCGCCGACCACUUUGGAGGGAAACUUCAUAUAGGUUUCAUCGAAAUCCGUGAAAAACUUGAAAAACUGAGGAAAGCUGUGACGGAGAAACAGGAGCGCAUGCGCACGAGGAGAAGAGAGGAACGCGACAGAGAAGAGGAGCGAGCCAGAGAGUGGGAGAUGGAGAAAGAGAGAGAGCGCGAGAGAGAAAGAGAGAGAGAGAGGGAGCGCGAGCGAGAGAGAGACAGAGAGAGGGAACGCAGGAGGUCCAGAUCCAGAAGUGGUGAGCGACAUCGGGAAGGAGGAAGCUCGUCCUCUCAUCACUCUCGUCGGCACCGUGAGGAUGGAGAGCGGGAACGAGACAGGGAGAGGAAGCACAGACACAAAGAUCGCCAUCGCUCUCGCUCGCACUCACACAGGAGCAAAAGGAAGAGGUACCACAACAACGUCAGCUUGACUUGACCUGUCUGAGGUCUU